CGUUUGUUUACUUACAGCAACAUGUCAGUUAUGGCAAAAGCUUCUGUCCGUCAGCUGCCGAGUGAGUCCUCCGGCGGCGAGCAUUCGAUUCCACAUCCGCUGCAUUUCCGAUAACGCGUGAGUCAGCGGGUGUCGGGUGCGCGGUUUGCGCCGCGAAUCGCUGCCGUUUGCUGACUACGCUACUGUUGAGCGGGUCAUUCAUAGGUGUUGUCAGCAGAUUGGCGCAGCGGAUGAUAGGUGUGGUAGCGAUCCGCGAUCGGCGACCGCGGCGCCGGCGGCGUCAGUCGCUGGCUCACAGUGAGUGCGGAAGGUCGCGUCACAGCCAUCAGUUAGCACCUCGGUCAUUCGAGACCGGCGUGACUUUCUGUAAACAAAGCUAUCGAAAACUCGUGGUACACAAUUACUGAGUGAUAAAAACGAAAACAUUACCCGGAAGCGGUGCAGUCGCUGUCACCACCCUCAUUACCGGAUCAAUAUUAGCUACGAUCAACAUAAAGUAUUUGUUAUGAUUUGUAUUUGGUAGUUCGCUGAUAAGGGAUUGUGACACCAUUUGUUUUAGUUAAAUCACCUGUUGGUCAAUCGUGUUUGUGUCGAGUACGGGCGGUAUCUCGUGUUGUGUUCGAUCGGUGGAUAACAGUCGCGCGCGGGUGUAGUGUGGCGUAGGGUGGCUGAAAAUGCCGGUGCUGGGCUACGAGAUGGCCACUCAGGAGAUGUGCCCGGUGUACAGCGCGCCCGAGUACGCGGUGCCCGCGCAGCCGCAGUGGGACAAGCAUCCCGCCAGCCCUUACUACGGGUCCGUGGUGCGGACCCCGCCUCUGGACGCGCGCCCUGUCACUUACAACGAAGAUAGCGACAUGCAGCUAGAGACGAGUAGUAGCGAGGCGAGCGCGGCCAGCUCGACGGCGCUGUCGCAGCACUGCGCCAUCUGCGGCGACCGCGCCACCGGCAAGCACUACGGCGCCUCCUCCUGCGACGGGUGCAAGGGAUUCUUCAGGAGAAGUGUCAGGAAGAACCAUCUGUAUACGUGCAGAUUCAGCAGAAAUUGCGUCGUGGAUAAAGACAAAAGGAACCAGUGCAGAUACUGUAGACUAAGGAAAUGCUUCAAAGCAGGAAUGAAGAAAGAAGCGGUACAGAACGAGAGGGACCGCAUCAACUGCAGGCGGCCGUCGUACGAGGAGCCCACACAGGCCAACGGACUGUCCGUCGUGUCGCUACUCAACGCUGAGCUGCUCAGCAGGAAGGUCAUUGAUGAGACCAACAACGUGACAGACGCGGAGAUAAACAACCGCAAGCUCGCGAAGAUUAACGACGUGUGCGACUCCAUCAAACAACAGCUGCUCAUCCUGGUCGAGUGGGCCAAGUACAUCCCCGCCUUCACAGAGCUGCAUCUGGAUGAUCAGGUGGCGCUGCUGCGCGCGCACGCGGGCGAGCACCUGCUGCUGGGCUGCGCGCGGCGCUCGCUGCACCUGCGCGACAUCCUGCUGCUCGGGAACAACUGCAUCAUCACCAAGCACAACAUCGAUGGUCGCAUGGACAUAGACAUCAGCAUGAUCGGCAUGCGCGUGAUGGACGAGAUCGUGAAGCCGCUGCGGGAGAUCGACAUCGACGACACAGAGUUCGCGUGUCUCAAGGCCAUCGUGUUCUUUGAUCCGAACGCGAAGGGCCUCUCGCAGCCGCAGAAGAUAAAGCAGCUCCGCUACCAGAUCCAGAUCAACCUGGAGGACUACAUCAGCGACCGGCAGUACGACGGGCGCGGCCGCUUCGGGGAGCUGCUGCUGUGUCUGCCGCCGCUGCAGAGCAUCACGUGGCAGAUGAUCGAGCAGAUACAGUUCGCCAAGCUGUUCGGGGUCGCACACGUCGACAGCCUGCUGCAGGAGAUGCUACUAGGAGGCGCGUCUACGGAGGCGGGCAUCGAGGAGGCGGCGGCGGGCGGCGGCGCGGGCCCGGGCGCGGCCUCCCCCGCGCUCGUGCCGCAGCUGCCCGCCGCGCACUACCUGCAGCCCGCGCCCUUCAAGCAGGAGCCCAACAUGAGCCCCCAACACGAUACGCCAAUGAUGAAGACUGUCGACAUUACCUUGUUAUAGAGUGACGCUCGCCGAUGCAGGACUGUGACGUCAUCGCGCACUCGCGUGCCUUAAACCCGUCAUGAACAACGGUGCGAAUACCGAAAGCAAUUGCAUUUUAACCAAAAUGGCUGUAUCAAAAUCAAAAUAAAUAUACUAUAUUAUUGUUAUUUAUUAGCGGGUUGAAAAUGAGAGAACGAAAAAUUAUGUAUACCGAAACAUGUAUGUGGAUUUAGCUACAAUUUUUUUAAUUGUAAUCGAAAUUCAAAGAAGUCGUCAGGACUUUGUGUUAAAAUCGUUUUUAUCCCGUUUAUUAGAAUAAGAAUAAACUUUAAAUUGUAAUUCGUGAAAACAAAAUGUCUAUUAUAUUGAUUGCCCUAUGUAUACGUUUUAAGGGAGGGGUAAAAUUGCAGCUUUAAAAUAGGGGAUUGAGGGAAAUGCAAUGAUUUAUAUAAGAGAAAUGUAGCCCAUAGAUAUUUUAAAAGUUAAAUCGUAAUUUUUAUAAAAAAGCAUACAAUUUUUGAUGUAAUAUUUAUGUAUACAUACAAGAUUUUAGAUUUAAAUCGAUUUGUGCCUGUAUUUUAUAUAAUUGUUUGUUGUGUAGGUGUAGGUACCGAGCGUUUGCCAAUUUUUAUAUAAAUAUAAUGUUGAUAGUGUGUAAGUAGGUAUUGGAUAAUAAUGCAACCUUUUUGCGUCAUAGCCACGUUAUACUUUAGUUAAAUGAAGUCGUUCACAUGCCUACACUUGUUGGAGUUUAUUAUAUUCCUUAGAUUAAUUUUAACUUAUUUGGUGUUGAGUCAAAAUUUAUACUCUAGUAUUCGGAAUAUAAGUUACCAUGGAAGUAACGUAGGUGAUGGUAUUCUAGGAAAUGUUGUGGUUUAUGUAGGAGAAGGUUAAGAGUUAUAGGCAUUUUAUCUCGAUUAUAUUAUUAAAAUAGAAAUAUAUUAUGUAUACAAGGUAGACGGAUCUUGUAAUGUCUAUGUAUUAUUGUGUACUGUAGCCACAUUUAUAGACACGUUUGUUAAUAAAUGCUCAAAGUACUAAGUAGGUGUUAUAUUAUCUUGUUACUCGAUUGGUGAUAACCGUUAUGUGGUGAAAGUUACUCCACGUAUGAAUUUUUGUCAUUAUAUUUUAUGGGUUUGUAAAGUCGUAGAUUUUAUAUGAUAUAAUCUAAGUAAUAGGUGCCUUAUUGUCCUAUUGAGGUGUACUGUUGAAAAUGUACAUACUAUGUUAUGAUUUUUUAGUAGAAUAUAUUUUAAUAAAUAAUGUUACAGAA